AUCAGUGGUCACCGGGUGGUCUCUUCCUGAGAGUCGAAGAAAAAACAGGAUCAAGACGUGAGUUUGAAUUUCCAAAUUGAAAAGUCGACUUAAUUCAAUCGGCGGAAACAUGGAGAAAUUCUUCAUCACGACGGUGAUCUUCUGCGUAUUGACUGAUUCUUCAUCCGGCUCGUUGUUUGGGUCUGGCGGUGGAGGAGGAUCCGCUGGAAGCCACGCUGACGGGAAAUUUGCCAGAGAGGUGGACGCGGAAGCCGGCAUUCAUGAAGAAGCCCACUUGGGCAUCGGGGGUGGAGGACACGUAGAAGGUCACAUUGACGGUGCAUUCGAUGUGGGAGCCCAAAUGGGGGGAUUAUUAAGUGGAGCAUUCAACGCUGGAUCGAAAAUCGCGGGGGCGGCAAUGGGUAGGUCAAAAUUGGCUUUAGUAGGAGUGAAGGAUGCAGCGGUAAGUGCCGCAUCGGCAGUCGCUGGAGCAGUAAAAGGUGAAAUAGAACAUCUCAGAGAAUUCGGGGAAAAACUGAAAGGAUCGGGAGACACUGAAGGAGAAUUCAGCGAAAAGGGAUAUGGUGAGAUAGGUUACGUCGUAGGAGGACAGGCUGACGGAGGAUACAGCAGGAAGGUCCAUGUUGAAGGAGGAUACGAAAAAAAGGGCCAUGUUGGAGCAGAAUACGGCCGAGAGGACUAUUAUAUUGAAGGAGGAUAUGGCAGUGGUGGCCAUACUAGACGAGUUGAAGAAAAACUGAAACGAUCGGGAGACACCGAAGGAGAAUUCAGCGAAGAAGGAUAUGGUGAGGGACGUUACGGCGCAGGAGGAUACGUUGACGGAGGAUACAUCAGGAAGGUCCAUGUUGAAGGAGGGUACGAAAAAAAGGGCCACGUUGGAGCAGAAUACGGCAGAGAGGACUAUGUUGGAGGAGGAUACGGCAGAGGUGCCCAUGCUGAAAGAGUUGGAGAAAAACUGAAAGGAUCGGGAGAUACCGAAGAAGAAUUCAGCGAAAAGGGAUAUGGUGAGAUAGGUUACGGCGCAGGAGGCCACGCUGACGGGAAAUAUGCCGGAGAGGUGAACGCGGAAGCCGGCAUUCAUGAAGAAGCCCACUUGGGCAUCGGAGGUGGAGGACACGUAGAAGAUCACAUUGACGGAGCAUUCGAUGUGGAAGGCAACAUAGGGGGAUUAUUAAGUGGAGCAUUCAACGCUGGAUCGAAAAUCGCGGGGGCGGCAAUGGAUGGUUCAAAAUUGGCUUUGGUAGGAGUGAAGGAUGCAGCGGUAAGUGACGCAUCGGCAGUCGCUGGAACAGUAAAAGGUGGAAUAGAACAUCUCAGAGAAUUCGAGGAAAAACUGAAAGAAUCGGGAGACACCGAAAGAGAAUUCAGCGAAGAGGGAUAUGGUGAGAGAAGUUACGGCGCAGGAGGACACAUUGACGGAGGAUACAGCAGGAAGGUCCAUGUUGAAGGAGGAUACGAAAAAAAGGGCCAUGUUGGAGCAGAAUACGGCAGAGAGGACUAUGUUGGAGGAGGAUACGGCAGAGGUGGCCAUGCUGAAAGAGUUGGAGAAAAACUGAAAGGAUCGGGAGAUACCGAAGAAGAAUUCAGCGAAAAGGGAUAUGGUGAGAUAGGUUACGGCGCAGGAGGCCACGCUGAGGGAAAAUAUGCCGGAGAGGUGAACGCGGAAGCCGGCAUUCAUGAAGAAGCCCACUUGGACAUCGGAGGUGGAGGACACGUAGAAGAUCACAUUGACGGAGCAUUCGAUAUGGAAGGCAACAUAGGGGGAUUAUUAAGUGGAGCAUUCAACGCUGGAUCGAAAAUCGCGGGGGCGGCAAUGGGUAGAUCAAAAUUGGCUUUGGUACGAGUGAAGGAUGCAGCGGUAAGUGACGCAUCGGCAGUCGCUGGAACAGUAAAAGGUGGAAUAGAACAUCUCAGAGAAUUCGAGGAAAAACAGAAAGAAUCGGGAGACACCGAAAGAAAAUUCAGCGAAAAGGGAUAUGGUGAGAGAAGUUACGGCGCAGGAGGACACGUUGACGGAAGAUACAGCAGGAAGGUCCAUGUUGAAGGAGGGUACGAAAAAAAGGGCCAUGUUGGAGCAGAAUACGGCAGAGAGGACUAUGUUGGAGGAGGAUACGGCAGAGGUGGCCAUGUUGAAAGAGUUGGAGAAAAACUGAAAGGAUCGGGAGAUACCGAAGAAGAAUUCAGCGAAAAGGGAUAUGGUGAGAUAGGUUACGACGCAGGAGGCCACGCUGACGGGAAAUAUGCCGGAGAGGUGAACGCGGAAGCCGGCAUUAAUGAAGAAGCCCACUUGGGCAUCAGAGGUGGAGGCCACGUAGAAGGUCACAUUGACGGAGCAUUCGAUGUGGAAGGCAACAUAGGGGGAUUAUUAAGUGGAGCAUUCAACGCUGGAUCGAAAAUCGCGGGGGCGGCAAUGGGUGAAUCAAAAUUGACUUUGGUAGGAGUGAAGGAUACAGCGGUAAGUGACGCAUCGGCAGUCGCUGGAACAGUAAAAGGUGGAAUAGAACAUCUCAGAGAAUUCGAGGAAAAACUGAAAGAAUCGGGAGACACCGAAGGAGAAUUCAACGCAGAGGGAUAUGGUGAGAGAAGUUACGGCGCAGGAGGACACGUUGACGGUGCAUAUAGCAGGAAGAUCCAUGUUGAAGGAGGGUACGAAAAAAAGGACUAUGUUGGAGCAGAAUACGGCAGAGAGGACUAUGUUGGAGGAGGAUACGGCAGAGGUGGCCAUGCUGAAAGAGUUGGAGAAAAACUGAAAGGAUCGGGAGAUACCGAAAAAGAAUUCAGCGAAAAGGGAUAUGGUGAGAUAGGUUACGGCGCAGGAGGCCACGCUGAGGGAAAAUAUGCCGGAGAGGUGAACGCGGAAGCCGGCAUUCAUGAAGAAGCCCACUUGGGCAUCGGAGGUGGAGGACACGUAGAAGAUCACAUUGACGGAGCAUUCGAUGUGGAAGGCAACAUAGGGGGAUUAUUAAGUGGAGCAUUCAACGCUGGAUCGAAAAUCGCGGGGGCGGCAAUGGGUGGAUCAAAAUUGGCUUUGGUAGGAGUGAAGGAUGCAGCGGUAAGUGACGCAUCGGCAGUCGCUGGAACAGUAAAAGGUGGAAUAGAACAUCUCAGAGAAUUCGAGGAAAAACUGAAAGAAUCGGGAGAUACCGAAGAAGAAUUCAGUGAAAAGGGAUAUGGCGAGACAGGUUACGGCGCAGGAGGCCACGCUGAGGGAAAAUAUGCCGGAGAGGUGAACGCGGAAGCCGGCAUUCAUGAAGAAGCCCACUUGGGCAUCGGAGGUGGAGGACACGUAGAAGAUCACAUUGACGGAGCAUUCGAUGUGGAAGGCAACAUAGGGGGAUUAUUAAGUGAAGCAUUCAACGCUGGAUCGAAAAUCGCGGGGGCGGCAAUGGGUAGAUCAAAAUUGGCUUUGGUACGAGUGAAGGAUGCAGCGGUAAGUGACGCAUCGGCAGUCGCUGGAACAGUAAAAGGUGGAAUAGAACAUCUCAGAGAAUUCGAGGAAAAACUGAAAGAAUCGGGAGAUACCGAAGAAGAAUUCAGUGAAAAGGGAUAUGGUGAGAUAGGUUACGGCGCAGGAGGCCACGCUGAGGGAAAAUAUGCCGGAGAGGUGAACGCGGAAGCCGGCAUUCAUGAAGAAGCCCACUUGGGCAUCAGAGGUGGAGGACACGUAGAAGGUCACAUUGACGGAGCAUUCGAUGUGGAAGGCAACAUAGCGGGAUUAUUAAGUGGAACAUUCAACGCUGGAUCGAAAAUCGCGGGGGCGGCAAUGGGUGGAUCAAAAUUGACUUUGGUAGGAGUGAAGGAUGCAGCGGUAAGUGACGCAUCGGCAGUCGCUGGAACAGUAAAAGGUGGCAUAGAACAUCUCAGAGAAUUCGAGGAGAAACUGAAAGAAUCGGGAGACACCGAAGGAGAAUUCAGCGAAGAGGGAUAUGGUGAGAGAAGUUACGGCGCAGGAGGAUACGUUGACGGAGCAUACAGCAGGAAGGUCCAUGUUGAAGGAGGGUACGAAAAAAAGGGCUAUGUUGGAGUAGAAUACGGCAGAGAGGACUAUGUUGGAGGAGGAUACGGCAGAGGUGGCCAUGCUGAAAGAGUUGGAGAAAAACUGAAAGGAUCGGGAGAUACCGAAGAAGAAUUCAGCGAAAAGGGAUAUGGUGAGAUAGGUUACGGCGCAGGAGGCCACGCUGACGGGAAAUAUGCCGGAGAGGUGAACGCGGAAGCCGGCAUUCAUGAAGAAGCCCACUUGGGCAUCGGAGGUGGAGAACAUGUAGAAGGUCACAUUGACGGAGCAUUCGAUGGGAAAGGCAACAUAGGGGGAUUAUUAAGUGGAUCAUUCAACGCUGGAUCGAAAAUCGCGGGGGCGGCAAUGGGUGGAUCAAAAUUGGCUUUGGUAGGAGUGAAGGAUGCUGUGGUUAGUGACGCAUCGGCAGUCGCUGGAAUAGUAAAAGGUGGAAUAGAACAUCUCAGAGAAUUCGAGGAAAAACUGAAAGGAUCAGGACACACCGAAGGAGAAUUCAGCGAAAAGGGAUAUGGUGAGAUAGUUUACGGCGCAGGAGGACAUGCUAACGAAGGAUACAGCAGGAAGGUCCAUAUUGAAGGAGGAUACAAAAAAAAAAGCCAUGUUGGAGCAGAAUACGGCAGAGAGGACUAUGUUGGAGGAGGAUACGGCAGUGGUGGCCAUACUGGAAGAGUUGAAGAAAAACUGAAAGGAUCAGGAGACAUCGAAGGAGAACUCAGCGAAGAGGGAUAUGGUGAGAGAGGUUACGGCGCAGGAGGACACGUUGCCAGAGGAUACAGCAGGAAGAUUCAUGUUGAAGGAGGCUACGAAAAGAAGGGCCAUGUUGGAGCAGAAUACGGCAGAGGGGACCAUGUUGGAGGAGGAUAUAGUGGUGGAGGACAUGCUGAAGGUCAUGUUGGAGAAAAAUUAGGCGCAGGAGGACAUGUCGGGGGAAAAGUCGGCACAGACGGAUAUGCCGAAGAAAAAUUGAGACAGGAAAUGCUGGAGGAUACGUUAGCGCAGAUGGCCAUACCGGAGGAAAAUGCGGCGCAGAUCGACGUGCCAGCGAAACAGCUGAUAAAGAACGAACCGACAUGCCCGCGAGGAUUCACCGGGUACCUGGAGUACCCAUACAACUGCUACAAGUUUUUGCAGUGCGACCGCGGUCGUACAUUCGUAAUGAACUGCGGCCCUGGUACAGCUUUCAAUCCCAGUAUAAAUGUCUGCGAUUGGCCACAAAAUGUUCCUACUUGCCACGCGUAUUGAAAGGGAAUCAUCGACAUUCGUUGACACGACAGAAGAAUCGAAGACACUUUUUGAUAGAAAACAUUUAUUGAUUAAGUUUUUUUUCAUUUUUAUUUUUCUAUUUCAUUGGUUUUAUCGAAGUAGUUCUCGAUUUGA